AAACCCCAAGAUUUUACUGUACAUAUAGACUGAAAGAUAAGAAAAAACUACACAACCAAACUGCAGAAGGGUUUGGUGGUAGAUGAAGAAAGAAAAGAGCUAAAGAUAAAGAAGAAGAAUUUGGUUUUGGAAAAACACACCGACACAGGUCCCUAAACCCUAGUCUAAAAGAGAUUCUUCUUUUGUAAAUCCUGUGGAAUUAAGUAGGAAAGAUGUUCGGUGAUUGCCAACUAUUUUCAUCCAUGGGGAUGGGAGGGAGUGCUGUAUCUUCAGACUCACUCUAUUCUUCCCCCAUUCAGAACCCUAAUUUCAACUUCAUGGCCAUGGGAGGAAAUAACUUGCCUUUCAACAUUUUUCCUCCCAAUAUUAUUCCUAAAGAAGAAAAUGGACUAUUGAAAAGCAAAGAAGAAAUGGAUAGUGGUUCUGGAAGUGAACAUAUUGAAGGAAUGUCUGGAAAUGAACUAGAAACUGAGCAACAACAACAACAGCAACAACAACUGGGCAAAAAAAAGCGUUAUCAUCGGCACACUGCUCGCCAGAUCCAAGAAAUGGAGGCGUUAUUUAAGGAAUGCCCACAUCCAGAUGACAAGCAAAGGCUCAAACUAAGCCAAGACCUUGGCUUAAAACCACGUCAAGUCAAAUUCUGGUUUCAAAACCGACGAACCCAAAUGAAGGCUCAACAAGACCGAGCAGAUAAUGUUAUACUUAGAGCUGAGAAUGACAACUUAAAGAAUGAAAAUUAUCGGCUGCAAGCAGCUUUACGCAGUAUUAUGUGCCCCAGUUGUGGAGGUCCUGCCAUGCUUGGAGAGAUGGGUUAUGAUGAACAGCAACUUCGCCUUGAAAAUGCUCGUCUCAAAGAAGAGUUUGAGCGUGUAUGCUGUCUUGUUUCACAAUAUAAUGGUCGGGGGCCAAUGCAAGGAAUAGGACCAACAACUCCUCUUCUUCCUCCUCCGUUGGAAUUAGACAUGUCCAUUAAUUUUUCAAGGAAAUUCGAGGAGCCAAUGGCGAAUUGCAGUGCCGAUAUGGUUCCUGUUCCAUUCAUGCCUGAAAACAAUUCCCAAUUUUCUGGUGGUGGUCCAAUUAUCUUGGAAGAAGAAAAAUCUAUUGCAAUGGAACUGGGUCUUUCGUCAAUGGAUGAACUAGUAAAGAUGUGCCAGGCUGCUGACCCACUCUGGAUUCGUACUACUGAUUCUGGAAAAGAAGUUCUCAAUGUGGAAGAAUACUCAAGAAUGUUUCCUUGGCCUGUUGGGAUUAAACAGAAUAGCAAUGAGCUCAGAAUUGAAGCAACUCGCAGCAGUGCUGUUGUUAUUAUGAAUAGCAUCACUCUAGUUGAUGCACUCUUAGAUGCAAAUAAAUGGAUAGAACUUUUCCCAUCUAUAAUUUCUAGAGCCAAAACUAUUCAAGUUGUGACCUCAGGAGUAUCUGGACAUGCAAGUGGUUCUCUUCAACUAAUGUUUAUGGAAAUGCAAGCUCUCACACCCUUAGUGCCUACACGAGAAUGUUAUUUCCUCCGUUAUUGCCAGCAGAAUGUGGAAGAAGGGACUUGGGCAAUUGUUGAUUUUCCUCUUGACAGUCUUCACAACAAUUUCCCUGCUCCUUUUUCUUAUUUCAAAAGAAGACUUUCUGGCUGCAUCAUUCAAGACAUGCCCAAUGGCUACUCUAGGGUUACAUGGGUUGAACAGGCUGAGGUUGAGGAGAAUCCAGUGAAUCAGAUAUUCAAUCAGUAUGUGAGUAGUGGUAUGGCAUUCGGAGCACAACGAUGGUUAGGAAUCUUGCAGAGACAAUGCGAAAGGCUAGCUAGCCUUAUGGCACGAAACAUAUCUGACCUUGGAGUGAUACCAUCUCCAGAAGCGCGAAAGAGUUUGAUGAAUCUGGCUCAGAGGAUGAUCAAAACCUUCUGUAUGAAUAUUAGCACCUCUUGUGGACAAUCAUGGACAGCUCUUUCUGAUUCUCUUGAGGACACUGUUCGAAUUACUACCAGAAAAGUCACAGAACCAGGCCAACCCAAUGGACUAAUCCUUUGCGCAGUUUCAACUACUUGGAUUCCAUAUAAUCAUUUCCAGGUCUUUGAUCUCUUGAGGGAUGAACGUCGAAGAGCUCAGUUGGAUGUUCUUUCAAAUGGCAACUCACUGCAUGAGGUGGCUCACAUUGCAAAUGGCUCUCAUCCAGGAAAUUGCAUUUCUCUUCUUCGCAUUAAUGUGGCUAGCAACUCAUCCCAGAGCGUAGAGCUGAUGCUGCAGGAGAGCUGCACGGAUGAUUCCGGCAGCCUUGUGGUCUACACCACCGUCGAUGUGGAUGCCAUCCAGCUAGCCAUGAACGGCGAGGACCCAUCGUGCAUUCCUCUUCUUCCCUUAGGCUUUGUUGUAACACCAGUGGGACAAAUCAAUAACUUAGACACCAACAUUAGUCCUAGUGAAGCUAAUUCAGGCACACAAUCUGCGGAGAAGAGGAACUUGUCAAUCCAAGAAUCUGGAUCUGGAGGCUGCCUGCUCACUGUUGGAUUACAAGUCCUCGCCAGCACAAUUCCAACUGCAAAGCUCAACCUUUCUAGCGUCACUGCCAUUAACCACCACUUAUGCAACACCGUACAACAAAUCACUGCUGCACUUUCCGCUUUCUACCCCGAGCCAGCGAUAACAGUACCGUCACCACAACUACAAACACAGCAACAGCAACUAGAACCAAAGCAAGCAGAUGAAAUUAGCUCAAAUUCCUAAUUACCCAAAACCUCCCUUUAACAAAAUUUCCAAUAUUUUAUUUUGGAAA